AUGUUAAUAGAACUCUUGGCACUGUUGGCUGUUGUUCCGACUGGCUUACUAGCGUUUUAUAUUUGGCUCCUUCAAAGUAGAAAAGGUACCCUAGAAAUCACAACCACCGAAUGUGCAUAUGAUAAGAGUCGAUUUGGUCACAUAUUGAAUUGGGAUAAACAUUGCUUAUACAUUCAUGGUCGUCCAACUAUAAUAGUCAGUGGAGAAUUUCAUUAUUGGCGUCUGCCUGAUAAGUCUCGUUGGGAAAGCAUUUUGAAAAAAUAUUGUGCUGGUGGUUUCAAUUGUAUUCGUAUAUAUUUCCAUUGGGGUUUUCACAGUCCUGACGAAGGAGUUUAUAAAUUUGACGAUAACAGAGAUGUCGAAUAUUUGUUAAAUCUAUGCGAGAAAUUGAAUUUGUAUGUUUUAGCUGCUCCUGGUCCUUAUAUUUGCGCAGAAACACAAGCUGGUGGAUUUCCAAUUUGGUUGGUGGAGAAAGCUGAUAAAUUGCGUCAUGUAAAAUUUACCACAUUUAAACAAUAUGAUGAAAACUUUUCAGAGUAUCAGCGUGAAUGGUUUGAAAAUAUUUUACCUAUACUGGCAAAACACCAAAUAACUGAAAAAUCAAAUGGUUGUAUUAUAGCUUUACAAGUCGAGAAUGAGUUGUUCGAGUUGGUUAAAAUUAUUCCAUUUGGUUUACAUGACGAACUUCGGUUCUUAUGUAAAGUGGCAAGAAAUUGUGGUAUAAGUGUACCAUUGUUUACAAAUGAUGGUGAUGAAUCUGGUUCUUUUAUUGCCAAACCUGAACUUGAUGCUAAGCCUUCAACUCAUUUUUUUAAUCGAAGGACUUUUGGUUUAGAUCUUUAUGGUUUUGAUAAAUAUAUUGUAUUUGUGCCACCAAGCGCGCCUGUACCUUGGACAUUUUAUGAUGAACAGGAUCCAAGUAAAUGGAAACAAUGGGAUCCUAAGGAUUUUAUGAAUUCAAUUGAUAAACUUGAAAAAACAAUUCGAGGCUUUGGCUAUGAUGCUAAACUUCAAGGUGGUUGGUUUACAAGUUAUAAAUUAAAACAUACAUUUGAUGAUGUCUAUAAUUUUUAUGUAGAGUGGAGUAACAAAUCAAAUCAAACAACUGAUAACGAUUCUUCUUUAUUACAACCUUUUAAAAAGAAAAUAUUAACCAAUGAACCACGACACUUGUCCAUAAAAAAAGGUCAUAAAACACCCCAAAAUUCAAAAAUCGAUUCUGAUAGCGAUUCUGAUGACCAUGAUCAUGAUACAUUUAGUAACGAUGUUAUAAAUGCCAGUAAUGAAGAAAAAUCUAAUUCAGAAAUGAUAAAUAACCAAAUCGAUAGUGGUCCAGAUGUUCUUUCAAACAAUGAUGAUAUAUUUGAAGGAUUUGGUAAUGAACUCAAUAAUGGCGACAGCGGUGGUGAUAAUGGAUCAGAGAUUCAAAUGUUUCACGGCGAUGAUGAUUCUAGCGAUUUGAACCAUUAUUUUCUUGAAGAGUCAAAUGAAGAUUCUGCUACUACUGCAACAUUUAAUUUGGUUGGAAAUGGAGAAACAAUUGAUGAUGAUGAUGAAACUAUAUUAAAUAUACAACAAGAUAAUGUUGAUGAUAAUCAAGCCCAUUCGAAUAAUAUUGCUUCCGGGAAAUCAGAAGAGAUGAAAAAUAUCUUAAGGAACAUUGAAAAAUCUACUCAAAAAAUUCAAAAUCAACAAUUUAAGUCAAAUCAAGAAAUUCAUUAUAUUGAACGAUCUUUAGAAUCUUUUGAGAACGAACUAAAUUCUACAUAUGGUGAUUAA